CGCGGCGGUGCCGGAGCGCGGCCGUCAGGCGGCGGAGCGGGCAGCCCGGUCGCGGGGCGGCGGCGAUGUCGGCCGCGGGGCUGGAGCGGCCGCAGCUGGUGUCGCACGUGCAGCAGGCGCUGAGCUACACCCUGUUCGACUGCAAGUGGGUGCCCCGCAGCGCGCGCCUCCUCUGCCUGGGCAGCGCCGCGCGCGGCACCGGCCUUCUCCAGCUGUACGAGCUGCGGGGCGGCCGCCUGGCGCUGCUGCGGGAGAUUGAAAAGGCUAAACCUAUAAAAUGUGGAACUUUUGGUGCUACAUCUCUGCAGCAAAGAUACUUAGCUACGGGAGAUUUUGGUGGAAACCUUAACAUAUGGAAUUUAGAAGUUCCUGAAAUACCAGUGUAUUCUGUGAAAGGUCAUAAGGAAAUCAUAAACAGUAUAGAUGGUGUAGGUGGCUUAGGAAUUGGGGAAGGUGCACCAGAAAUUGUGACUGGCAGUCGAGAUGGAACUGUGAAGGUAUGGGACCCGAGACAGAAAGAUACUCCUGUCGCUAAUAUGGAACCUGUACAGGGGGAGAGCAAAAGAGACUGCUGGACAGUAACAUUUGAAGCCGAUUUUGUGAUAGUUGGGUUUUGGACUCAUUCUCUUAUCACCUUUGGUCAUCAUUUGUGGUUGGACUCUGAUCUUAAAGGCAAUGCUUAUAAUCAAGAGGAACGUGUUGUAUGUGCUGGAUAUGACAACGGCGACAUUAAAUUGUUUGACUUAAAAACCAUGUCACUACGAUGGGAGACCAACAUUAAGAAUGGGGUUUGCAGUCUGGAGUUUGACAGAAAAGAUGUAAAUAUGAACAAGCUAGUGGCCACAUCGCUUGAGGGAAAAUUUCAUGUUUUCGAUAUGAGAACUCAGCAUCCAACCAAAGGCUUUGCUUCUGUUUCAGAGAAGGCACAAAAAUCUACCAUAUGGCAGGUUCGACACCUACCACAGAACAGAGAUAUAUUUAUGACGAGUGGAGGAGCUGGGAGCCUUCAUCUCUGGAAAUAUGAGUACCCAGCUCAGCGCUCAAAGAAGGAUUCUGAAGGAGCUGAGAUGGGGGUGGCAGGUUCUGUCAGUCUCUUGCAGAAUGUGACUCUGUCAACGCAGCCGAUUUCUAGCCUAGACUGGAGCCCUGACAAAAAGGGACUCUGUGUUUGUGGUGCCUUUGACCAAACUGUGAGGGUGUUGAUAGUUACGAAGCUUAACAAAGUUUGACAGGAAAACUAGGAUUUCUGAGGAGAAAGCAGUAUAGUUUGCAGUCUGUAAAUAUAGGAGGGAGAGCCCUCCGGUUUCUAAUUUAAUUUCUCCCUUAUUAAAACUGGAUUAAAGAAAUAGAAACCAGAUCUUUCUAUUGAAAGUUCAGAUACAUGCAGUUACGAGUUGUUUGACUGAUGGUGCCGGAAUGACUUGAAGUUGCCUGUGCACAAAACUUUUACCUUCUAGAAAUGUGAAUCUACAUUUAAAAUAAAAUGUGCCUUUGUUAGCGCAAUCUGUAAUUUUAGAAAUCACUUUAAAUUGUUUGUGUUCAGUUUAAUCACAGUGCAAAUCUGUUCACACUUGUUAAAUGGUUUGGCUUUUUUAGAUAUAGUUUUGUCCAUAUGCAUUCAUGCGAUGGAAACUACUAUAUACUUCCUCACAGAAACUUUGUGUUAUUGGAUAUAUUAAUUAGAAUGUUUGUUAAAGUGACUUAGGAUUCUUUAAUACACUAUAGAAACUAUAAUGGAUGCUGAAAUGUUCAGGUUUAAUGGAGUAAGCUUUUUACUGAAAUCAUAUUGAAAUUAAACUAUUGAGCAAAAUGCACUGUUUUAUUAUUUGAGUUUGGUUUCAUAACAAGUUUUUAUGUUCUGUUGUUUUUAUAUCUGUUUGCAGCUUGGUAUUCUACAAAUAAAAUUAUAUGCAGUGUUGUCUUAA